UUACACCAAACUAUAUCUUAUACAUAAAUUAAAAAAUGUCUAUAUAUUCUUUGUUUUCAUUUGCAUAUCUACACUAGCCGUUGGCUGGCCAAUUCAAUCUUUGCUACUCUCAUCAAGAACUCUUCUUCCCUUUCUUUCAUUUUAUUCCCAAAAUACCCUCCAAAAAAAGGUAAAAUUAUCUCAUACAAAAUACAUAUAUAAGUGGCCAUUUUCUAGCAACAUAUUGUUUUUUGUGUGUUACAAUUCAUGGAUUGCAUAGUUUUGCCGGUAGCAAUCUUGACAAGGCGAUGCUCGAGCCGAUUAUUAGGGUAUAGGCCACUAGUGGAAGAUGGUUAUGAUGAUUCAAGUUAUCCGAUAACUGUGAUGGUGGGAAAGGAAAAAAGGGAAUUCUUGGUGGAGUCAUUUGUGUUGGAAGAAAGUCCAUUUAGAAGUUUGAUUGAAAUGGUGAGAAAAGAAGAUAGAGGAAAAGUAAAAGAAAAUAGAGGGAAAAAAGUGAUUUAUGUGGAUGUUGAUGCUAUAUUAUUUGAACACAUGUUGUGGUUGAUGCAAAAUGAUUGCUCUUCUUUGUUUCAACUAAAUCUCAAGGAGAUCAUUGAUUUCUAUGCUCAAGAUAUAUAGUUGAAAAGAAGAGACAAUUGAUUACUUAUUAAUCAUUAUGAAGGUAACAAGUUAAAGAGGUAAUAUAUUUAUAUAUGAGUCUUUUUUUUUUUACUGCUUCCUUUUACCCUUUGUGGUAGGAGCUUUUUUGGUCUUAAUUAACACUUUUUAUAUUAUGGGGUUGUACAAAAAAGAGUUUUAAAGGAAAAAGAUACUAUAUGGAUAUGUAGAAAUAAUUGAUACUUGGCAAAAGAGAAUGUAUACCAAUUUUUAGCAAUUAAUUAAUAGUUAGUAUAUACUUUAAUUUCUCUUGUAUGUAAUUUCCAUCUAAUAUAAUGGUGUUUUUUUGGUAUCA